CAUGCGAACCGAGUAUGCAGUGGAGUUUUCGGUCGCAUUUUUUAUUUUCUGCGCUUAUUCUCGUGCUGAUCCGGAAGCAUAUAUAGCUAUUGAAAAUGGCCUCAAAAGUCUGUCAAACGUCGUAGUGAAAUAUCAAAGUGAAUUCGAUAUGAAAAUUAAAUUUGGUCCAUUACAAGAAGCCAUUGAUGAAAUUGACAAAGCUUUAAUAGGCAUUCAGGGUACAGCUACAAGUAAAACAAUUGAAUUGCACAAAACGAACAAGGACGCGCGGUUGGCAUACCAAAAUUGUGUUGGUCCUGUAUUUGAAUGGUGUGUUUCGAUCAAUCGUACGCUUGAUCUGUUUAUCCCAUAUAUAGCUGACAAACAAUUGACAAACGAUGACCGAAAUAUUAUAUGGCUUAUGAAUAUCGAUGCGCUGAGUGAUGGUCAAGGUAAAGUCUCCAGCUCAUUGGAAUUAUUGAAAUCUGUACAAAACAAGACGGCCGAUCUGAAAAUUUUAUUGGAUGCCAUAAAGCAUGAUCUACAUCAUGAUCUUGCUCCACAACGACAGGACAAAGAUGGGAUUCAGGAAUCUUUGGCAAGGCAUAACGUAUACGCCACAGGUGCAUAUGCCACCGCUGGAGUAAUUGGGACUAUUUUCACUUUGAUUGGAAUUAUCACAAUGGGUCCUAUAGGUGCAGCAUUGGGCAUCGGUGUGGCAUUUACCUCUGUAGGCCUGGCACAUGUUUUCGAUAAGGACAACAAAGCUUCGUUGGAACAACAAUUGAAAAGCAUAGAUACGUUUUUCAGUAUUAUUGAUGAAAAAAUAACAAAUGCUAGUAAAAUUGCUGAUCAGGUCAAUAUAGACUUGGAGGAAGAUAAGAAGAAUCUUUAUGCACUUUCUGGUCUGAUCACAGCUGCAAAUAGAAACAACCAAGCUUUAUUGAACUCUUCUCCGAAUUUGCGAAAACUUCUUGUUCCAAGCUUUCAGGCUUUGGGAAAAUCAUGUUAUGAGUACACAAUUUGGCACGGAUAUGGCUCAACAGGUUAUCAACUUAAAAAUGGCAGAGCUAAACGUCAUGUAACCGAGACUUGUAAAACUAAUAGAUGGAAGGCAUUGCAAACUCGAAUGAAAUCGUUUUCUUUGAACACCACAUUUGCCACCAUUGUCUCCCAAGCUCAUUCUUUUUUAAUGGAAAUCGAUUGUGAAGAAAUAAAUUUGCCUGUACCAGCUACAAAUGAAAUUUCCAAAGAUCCAUUGCGUUACCCAAUUAACCCAUCAAAAAUAAUUUCGUCACAAUCAAAUCCUACACUGAAUAUAAUUGCAUCAUAUUUAAAAUACGUUUAAUGAGAAAUGGGAAAAAUUCCUUAAGUUAGAAAUAAAUUUAGUAAUAUCUGAAA